GUCAGGGAAUACAAUGGACAGAUGCAGGGAGUUACCAGUGUGGGAUUUGCAUCCUUGACAUUUGAUGGAACUGUAGGAGCGCCGGUAGUUCCUCGAACCUCUAGCAAGGUGUACACCUUCAUGGAUGAAGAACAGAAAACAGUAGAAGAGUUACGUGUUUGGGCAGCCAGUAAUCUUUCUAUCUCUGGACCAGCAGCAAAAUUGUCUGGUGUUCAGCCAAUGCUGUUCUUUGAUCUCACUUGCCAGCUGGUAGGAAAAGCAAAAGUGGAUGGAUCUUCUUUUCUUCUAAAGGUGUGGGAUGGCACAAAAUGUCCCUACCCAACAUGGAAGGUCCCUGUGGAAGCAAGAGACCUGGAAGGAGAAAAAGUUAUUCUUCAUCAGCUGCGAAAUCUAACGGUGGACAUUCUAGUCUAUGAUAACCAUGUACAACUGGCAAAAUCACUUAAGAUUGGAAGUUUUCUGAGAAUUUACAGUAUUCAUACAAAACAAGCAAGUGCUGACAAUGAAGAUGUUUCACAUGUAGAAUUUCAUCUUCAUGGUGGCACCGGUUAUGGUCGAGGAAUAGGAGUCUUACCAGAGAGUAACCCAGAUGUUAAGGAACUAAAAGC